AUGUUUUUUACUAAAAAUUGUUAAAAACUAUUUAAUUUCAAUAAAAAAUUUCAUAUAAGAAAAUAUUUAAUUAUUAAGUAAAUGAGCAAUUUAUUAAAGCAAGCUUUAACAAAAGGAAAGCCUCCUAAAUAACCCUAGUUUAAUGAAGAUGAAGAAAAUUAGGAAGAAGAAGAAAAGGAUACUUUUGAGGACCCAACUACAUAAAAAGCAGUCCAUUAGGAAUUUCAUCAUUUUGGAUCAGGUCCUAUUAGGGCAGUACCUAUCGGACUUCCUCCAAUGAGUAAGCCAAAAUAAAGUGAAGAGAAUAAUUCUGAUCCAAACUCUAUAGAAAUACAUUCAAGAUUUUAAGGAGGAACUACUAAAGCACCAAAUUAAUUUGCUCCUUCGAAGUGGAGUGAUUAUUUUGAUUCAAUGGAAUUUAUGGAAAAUGGAACUCCUAUAUAUGUGUGUGGUAAUCAAGGCCCUCUUUUCUUUUGCAUGCAUGGGGCAGGAGAUUCCGCUUGCAGCUUUGCUUGUUUGGCAAAAGAAAUAAAAUAAUACGGUACAACAGUUGCAUUUGAUUACAGAGGACAUGGAGAAAGUAAAAUUGAGAGCUCUGAUGAUUUAAGUAUGGAAACUCUUAUUGAAGAUACCUAAGUAAUAUUUGAUCAUGUUUUGAAAAAAUUCCCUGAUAUGUGUGUCAUAAUAGUUGGGCAUAGUAUGGGUGGAUCAGUAGCUAGCAAAUUUACAUAGAAAAUUUAUGAAUAAGAGAAAUACAAAGAUAUUGUUCAAGGAUUAAUUGUAAUCGACGUAGUUGAAGGUACAGCUAUUGAGGCACUUCCAUUCAUGGAAAGUAUUGUUAGUAAAAGACCUCAAAGAUUUGAUAGCAUAGAAAGUGCAAUUAAAUGGCACACAAGAACGAAUUAGCUAAGAAACAUAGAAUCUGCUCGUGUUUCUGUGCCUCCAAAAUUUAAGGCUGUCGAAAAGGAUGGAAAAACAGUUUAUGAAUGGAAAGUUGAUUUGAUGAAAUCAGAAAAGUACUGGCUAGGAUGGUUUAAAGGCUUAACUAGCUCUUUCCUUGGCAUCCAUAUCCCUAAAUUACUGAUGUUAGCAGAAAAGGAAAGAAUGGAUAAAGAAUUAACAAUAGCCUAAAUGUAAGGAAAAUUUAAGUUAGUUGUAAUCUAAGAUGUUGGCCAUUAUAUGCAGGAAGAUAAUUUUAAGAAGACUGCAUUUAAUUUACACUUAUUUUUAGAAAAUUUCAGAAUUCCUGUAGAUAAGGUAGACUUCGAUCUUUAUAAAGAAUAAGGUAUUGGAAAAUUCCAUCCAAAUAUUAAGCCAUAUAGCAUGAAGUGA